AAAACAUUAUAAAAGAAGGUUUAAUUUUACUAUUUCCACAAGUCCGUCGCUAUAGCCAUUGAUGCACAGUAUAUUCACAACUGCUUUGUAGAGUUAUUGGAGAGAAAAACAAGGGGAGAGUUGAUUGUUUUCAUUAAAAGUCAAACAAAAUACGCUUUUUGCAUAUAAAUCAAUGGAAAUUCAAACUAUUGAUCUUAAAACGGUAUGCAGAUGUUGUGUGCUACCUACAACAGACUUAGAAUCAAUAUUUGAGACGUUCUAUGAUAAUGAAUUAAUGUCAAAAAUUCUUCUGGAUGUUGGAAAGAUUGAAAUUAAAAAUGACGGCUUAUCCAAUUCAAUUUGUCAGGCAUGUAAGAUAGCUGCUAUUAAUGCUUACAAAUUUCAACAAAUGUGCAUUGAAAGUGAUCGAAGUUUACGAAUUCUAAUUGGAACAUGCAGCAGUGAGAACCACGAAGAUCCAGGAGAAAUUAAGCUAGAACAUUAUCAGGUUCAAUCAAACGAAAUUAUUUCAGAUACAUUAAUUGAUGACAUAAAACCAAUAGAAACUGACGAAUUGGAAUAUGAAGCAACUGAAGAGAACGAGAAUUCCAUAGAUAAUGAGUCGGAUAGUGAUAAUAGUACAGAAGAAAUAUUUGAGUGCUCUAACUGCUCGCGGACCUUUAAGACAAGCAUCAAACUAGAGAGUCAUAUGAGAAAGUGUCAGUCAAAGGAAGUGAUAGAUGAAAGUGAUGAAGAGGAAUUAGGCGAGAAACAAGAAUAUGCAUGCACAGAAUGUACAAAAGUUUUUAAGAAAGCAUCUUUACUUGCUAGACAUAAAAAGGCUCAUGAUCCUAACAAGAAGCCACAUGAAUGCCUAAAAUGUAACAAAAGAUUCCCAUCAAAUGUAGCACUAAUGAGACACGAUGUGAUCCAUUCAGACUUGGUCGAAAAGUCCAAAUUAAAUAGGGAAGAACAUCAAGAAUUCAUUUGUGUAGUUUGUGGACGAACUUUUAAAACAGCUGAUAAUCUUGCGACACAUUUAAAGGUCCAUAAAAGCAAAUCAGAUGAUAAUAAUGAAUAUAAAUGUAAGCUAUGUCACGACAUAUUUCCAUCAUUUUCCGAUAUAUUAAGGCACUCGAAAAAUCAUGUUGAAAAUGCUACACAUCAGUGUGCUAUAUGCAAUAAAUUAUUUGCAGUUGGAGAUGAACUCAUUGAUCACUUUUUGCGACACAAAGGAAUGAAGCCACACGAAUGUCCAAUCUGUCAAAAGAGUUUUCUUAAGCUACAUAAACUGAAUGUUCAUUUGAGGACUCAUUCUGAGGAAAAACCGUACCUAUGUCCAGAAUGUGGAAAGUCAUUAAGUACUAAUGAAAAUCUAAAAAGACAUUUGAUUCGUCAUACGGGAAUCAAACCUUAUUCCUGCAAUCUAUGUCCAAGUCGAUUUGUCUUUAAGUCUGGAUUAACAUCACACAUGAGCACUCACAGUGGAUUGAAGCCAUUUAUUUGUGCUACAUGUGGAUCGUCAUUUACUAAAUCAUCGUCACUAACAAAGCAUCAUAGAAUUCAUACCGGCGAACGGCCCUACGUUUGUGAGGUUUGUGGCAUGCGAUUUAAUUCAUCUGAUCAUGUAAAACGUCACAUGCGAACCCAUACAGGCGAGAGACCUUACAAGUGCCAGUACUGCGACCGUUCUUAUGCUCAAUCGAAUGAUUUGUUAAAGCAUGUACGCGUACAUGUAGGAGAAAAUACAUAUAAAUGCAACUUAUGCUCGGCAGCAUUCAGAUUGCAGGCACAGCUACGAGAACAUUACAGAAUUCAUUAUGAUGUCGAAACAUUAAGAAGCAUGGAAGAAGCACAAGAAGAGAAGCCACAAAUGUCUCAAAUUGAAAUGCUUGCUGAUCAACAAAGGGUUCUUCAACAAUAUCAAAGUAUUAUAAAGCAUGAAAAGGAAUUAGAAUAGUCUGUAGCUUUAUAAAAGAAAAAUCACAAAUAUAAAAAUCAAAAUUUUUAAGCUUAACAAUAU